AGCCCGUCUGCAACAAGUUACGGAACCCUCCCGGGAAAUGGGAAAUACAAGUUUUUCUUUUCUGGCUAAAAGAGUGGUAACUUUUGCCAAAUCGUGAAAUUUAUAAAUACUUUUAUACGCGUACGUGGAAUAGAUUCAUCCGGCGAUUCGCGGCUAGCGUGGAACGGGUGAGUCAACUCGACUUCUAGCCCAAAGUGGUGUUUUGAGAUCAAUCGCUUUUCUGAGUCAGUUGGCUUGGCAAGAGCACAGAAAGCAACCAGCUAAGGUCGCGGGUGCGGUACCGUCCGUUAACAGCCGCGCAAACAGUUGCAAGAAAAGAUACUUGGACGUUCCUAGGAGUUAAUCGCGCGUAAACUUUAACGACUUUUCGGAAGCGAUCGCAGUGAGUUGGAUUCGCCCUUGCAUCUUCAUCUCCCUCAACGCAUUGCACUAUGGAAUUGAAAAUGAUCUUAUGGAUAUUUGCUGCACUUUCGGUGCCUGCGAAUACGGUAAAAGUUUCGUUUUACGGCACGAGUUACAUCACCAUGCCCUUGCAGGAAUCCAAAAUGUCGACAAAUAUACGCUUAAAGUUCCGAACGAUGCAAGAAAAUGCACUAAUAUUUGUGGCUGCUGGCAGGACUGAUUAUUGUUUGAUAAGAAUGGAAAAUGGACGAAUCAACUUGAAUUAUAAAAUAGACACAACCUUAGUCCAGAUUUUUUCACCAAAGCGACUGAAAUUCAGUGAUCUCAUGUGGCAUGACAUCGCAAUUCAACGGUACGAAACGAACUUAACAAUGCAAGUCGAUGAGCACUUCAUGCGGAAGACUUUACCUUCCAACUCAACGGAAUUAAAUAUCCAUUUCGGGACAUUUUUAGGAGGAGCUGGCGACUUUUCUGAGAGUUACCUAGGUACCAUUGACUACUUCCGGGGUUGUAUAUCAGACGUUUAUUACAAUAAUAUAAAUUUAUUGAAACGGGCUCGUGAGAAAACGGGCCAUGCAAAUAGUGUGGAUGUAACCUGGACCUGUAGCCCUGAGUUUGAUGCUGUUGCGGAGGAUGCGAUAAGUUUUGUUGAGCCUGAUUCUUUCAUGAUGAUGGCACGAUCCCCUACAUUGGAAGGAGAAAGUUGGGAGUUCGAAGUGCGGACCAUCGAACCAGAUGGCGUUUUAUUCUAUAAUAGUGGAAGCGAUUUCAUCUUAUUGGAAAUCUUCGAAUCGAAGCUUAGAGCCAUUGUCCGGAAAGGACUCGCUACAGUGCAAUUAUCACCAGAUCGUAAUAUUUCGGAUGGAAAGUGGCAUAAUAUUGUAGUAAGAUACAAUGCGGCUAUGAUAGAAUUUGUGUUUGAUGAUUACGUAACAUCCGCUCCUUUCACGAAUAGCAGUAAUAUUAUAAUCGAUCUGAGCAAAUAUUACUGCUUCGGGAGCGGGUGUUUGAGUGACGCUGUCCAUAGGAAAUUACUGAAUUCCAAUGUAUCAGAAAUGUACUCGAACUUCCGGGGAUGCAUGCGCAACAUAGCAAUCAAUAACAAUCUAGUUGGAUUCCCACACAUGAAAGUGACGAGAGGUCUGGCGGUCGGCUGCAUCUGGAAGUACCCCUGCUUGGAGAAGAGUCCAUGCAUCUUAAGUAGUAGCUGCCGGCAGCACAGUACUGAUGAAUUUGUUUGCGAUUGUGAUCAGUCAUAUUGCAUAAAAGCAGAAUAUUCGGAACCGUAUAAAAUUUUUGCCCAGGUCGAUUACACCGACUACGAAAUUUUAAAAGUCAACCCGAUGCAAAUACUGGAAGGGGAGCAAACAUUUCUUUCGCCAGCCUAUAUUGAAAUUCUUUUCGACUACAAAAAAUAUAAUAUUCUUGAACAAUCCAUAACGUUUCAUGUCGUGCAACUACCGAAACAUGGUCAACUAAGAAAUCCUUCUUUGGAUAACGCAUCUACUAAGAUAUUCUCUUUGAUUGACAUGAGUACAGAUAAAGUGAAGUAUAUUCAUGAUGGGACCGAGCAUUUUAGUGACCAUAUGACUAUAGAUCUGCAAAUAUCAGAGGGUUCCCAAAGUAUUCCAGAGUAUUUUAUUGGGAAAUUCCGGUUUGUGCUUCACUGCAAUGUAACUCCUGUGAACGAUGCCCCGCUGCUAACGAUUCCUGAAAGUAAAAUUCUUCGAGUGACACAAGGAAUACCAAAAAUUCUUCGCCCCGACCUCUUGAAUGCUAUCGAUCCGGAUAGCAACCCUAGCUCCUUAGUAUACACAAUAUCCAACACAUUCAUCAGCAAAGAAAUGAAUUACGGUCGAUUCCAGUUGAAUGGGAAAAGCACUUUAAAGUUUUCUCAAAAAGAAAUCAACGACGGAAUUAUCACUUAUCUUUUUAAUACACCAAACAGUAAGGACUUUAUGUUUGAAAUUCCUUUACAAGUUUCUGACGGGAUCGAAACAAGUUCUACAAUAUAUUUGCCCGUGUCAGUGCAUCCAUUACAACUAAGAAUGAUUAAUAACACUGGGUUAGUUCUGAUACAUAAAUCUUCAGCUCUAAUUACGCCCUGGAAUCUAUCUGUGAUUUCGAAUUCGGAUGAAGACAACGUUGAUAUUCAAUACGACAUUGUACAACCACCACAAUAUGGCUCAAUUCAAAAGUUAAGAACAAUCGACUCCUCGUGGAUACCGAUAAACACAUUCAAUAGUAGUCAAGUGAUGCUGGGACAGAUUCGUUAUUACCAUAAUACCGAGACACCACUUCAAGAUGAAUUCAAGUUUACAGCAUCAUUGGGUCCUGUAGUAACGCAAAAGUUCGACUUUCGUAUUACUUUCACGAAGUUAAAAAUUGGAAUCAAUAGACGAGAUAGUGUAUCUAUUCAGGGAGACCGCGACACUGUGAUAGGGAAUGCCCAUUUACUCUACCAAACUACACCGCUGCCGACAUUUGCAAGAAACAUAAUCUAUACCGUUCGCCAACCUACCAAGUAUGGAUAUGUCUACGUCGAAGGUUAUCCACAAUAUGCAAAGGAAAUGGACUCGUUUACUCAAUUAGAUAUCGAUAAGAACUUAAUACACUAUAAAACCUACCUUACGUCAUAUUCGAGCUUCAUCGACACAAUGGAAUUUGUAGUUUCCGUUUCAGAAUGCGAUGACGUUACAGGAAGCUUGAAAGUGGUAUAUAACCCUGAAGAAAAACUCAUCAGUCGCUUGACGUAUCAAUCGAAGGAAAAAAUUCAUGUGCAGGAAGGGGAUCGCGCCUUGCUCACUCGGAAAAAUUUUGAAAUAUUAUUUAAUACAUUCGACAAUUUAACGUUCAUUGUGACGAAGCCAGCCAAGCAUGGAACGCUGUGUAAAUAUCGAGCUGAGACGGAAGAACUUGAACCAAUUGACCGAUUCGUUUUGGAGAAACUUUAUCUAGGCGACAUAUGUUAUUGUCAUGACGAUUCAGAAUCAGUUUCAGAUUCAUUUGAAAUGUUAGUGCUCUCGGAUGAAGAUACCGAUUUUCAAUUUGUGAGCGAAGUCGAUGUCGAUAUUUCCCUAGUCAACGACAACCAGCCCUAUCGACAAGCGGAUAAGGUUUUUCAUAUAGUAAAAGAUUCCGUCCGAACCGUUACAGAGCACGAUUUAUCGUACUUGGAUGGUGACAUGAGUACUAACUUUUCAAAUAUAAUCUACAAACACAUAUCCUGCAAUAAUGGAGAAUUCUAUAAAAAUGGUCGAUACACUGACGUAUUUAGUCAAGAAGAUAUUAACAACAGGAAAAUUAACUUUCAACAUAGCGGGGCAGACAUAGGAUCAGCUUCUUUUGUUGUUACUGAUGGGAUUCACGAAAUUUCAGGAGUGCUCGAAAUAACAGCGUCCGAUCCCUUCGUUAGGAUUGCCACUAGCAAUGCUUCUAUAGUACAGGAAGGAAAAUUUGUAGUGCUUAAAAAUAGUGAUCUUCCGAUUGAAACGAAUCUUGAUAUGAAAUUAGAUGAAAUUGAAUUUACAAUUGUGAAGCCGCCAACAUAUGGCAUCUUGAAAAUAUUAAAACGCAAACCAAACAACACGAUUCACCUCAAAACAUUCAACAUAAGUUCGAUCUAUAAUUUCACCCAGCUGGAAAUAGAACGUGGCCGUCUGGUGUACUGGAACACAGAAGCUGCAUCAAUGGACAAAAUAAGGUAUCAGGUGUCAAUAAAAAAUAUCACUGCGGAAGGUGAAGUUUUAGUACGUAUCUACCCAGCGGCUUAUUGGGAACCCUUACAAGUUAGAAAAAAUCAGACGCUAUACGUAGAGGAAUCCACGAGUGUCGUUAUAUCAAAAGACAUAUUAGAGGUGACACAUCCUAAUAUAUCGCCAGGUGACAUAACUUAUCUCAUUACCGAAUCCCCAAUGCAUGGCUAUUUGGAAAUACAAUCAGUCACUUCUGACGAUGAAUACAAUUGCAAAGUCUUCGACCAGUCCACAAUCAACUCAGAAAAGAUGUUUUACAUCCAAGCCGGGGUUAAUCAGACGACCGACUACUUCGUCUUCGAUGUUACUAACGGAAUAACUUGGCUAAGAAAUCUUCUACUAAGGAUUAUUAUUAUCCCUGAAGUCAUGUAUAUCAAAACUAGGCCCGUAACGGUGGUUGAAGGAAAAACUACCAUAUUACAAAUGGACGAUAUAAGUGCCUAUGCAGAGUAUUACAAGGGAAAAAUUUUAGAAUACAAAGUUUUGAAGCAUCCGAAUAAUGGUUUUCUUAUGGUAGGGAAAUCGCAAGUUAAUCGCUUUACCCAAAAACAGUUGGAAUCAGGCAUCGUCCAAUAUGUACAUGACGGAAGUGAAAACUCUUCUGACAUAGUCACUUUAAUUGCUCACACUCGAACCGCAGAGAGUCCUAAAUUUGAUCUUCUUAUCGUCAUUAUUCCCGUCAAUGAUGAAGCUCCGAUUAUACUGACGAAUACUGGCUUACAAGUAUGGAAUGGUGGAAAGUAUAUAAUCAAGAACACAGAUCUGAUGGCUCAAGAUCUUGAUACUCAUCAUGCCAAUUUAACGUACUACAUACAUCAUAUUUACGGAGGAUAUUUAGCAUAUAAUUCUAAUCCUACCAUGAAAAUAGAUCAAUUCAGUCAACUAGACAUCGAUAACGAGGAAAUAUGUUUCCUACAUGACACGGACUCAAAGCGGAACGAAAUAAGUUUUACUGUGAGCGAUGGUUUGUUCAAUACGACCGAGCAGGUGCUUUAUAUAGAAGCAAAUCCUGUGACGCUUAUUCGAGUCGUCAAUGAAAAUCUCCACGUGUUUCCAAUGUCACGAAAGCAGAUUCUUCCAGAGCAACUUUUUUUCAAGUGUUCCGAUGGAACUCGGGGUGUAAAAUACAAUAUAAGUUUGCCUCCACAUUUGGGGCGAAUUCUGUACGAAUAUACGGAAAGUGGGCAAACACAAGAGGUGAACACUUUUAGCCAAGACGACAUAAACAACGGACGAAUUCUCUACGAGCAUACGACCCCAAUGAGCGAAUUAAAAACGAACGAUUCAUUUAUAUUCGACGUGGUUGCUGAUAUGGCAAACAAAUUACAUGAUCAAAAAUUUAGCGUGGAAAUAUCUGUGUCCUCUGGAGGACUACUAAGAUUUUUGCCAGUUUCGAAAUUAAAUGUAGAUGAAGGUGGAUCUAUCGCAAUAAAACUAGAUUUUUCAAAAAUUCUGGAAUAUUUGAAAACAAGAGCGGGAAUGCUAGCACCGGAACUCUAUAUUGAAUCAUUCCAACCCAACCAUGGAAAGGUGGCCCUUAUAAACGGAGACCAAAAGGCAACGAAAUUUGUCCCGGAAGACUUUUUAGCGCAGCGGGUCCAUUACAUUCAUGACCACUCGGACACAUUGGAUGAUAAGGUGUUAAUGUCAGUGUAUCUACAACAAGGAAACAUAUUCCUAUGUAAUCUUUCCAUGGCAGUGUCUAUCCAUCCAAUUAACGAUCAGCCCUUCCAUCUCAUUACAACAUCACCACAUAUAACUGUAGUUGAAGGCGAAAACCGAACCAUAACAUCAGACGACUUGCUUACAACAGACACUGAUACCGAUCCCGACAGUAUUUUCUACGAAAUAAUUAGUGGGCCUACAUUGGGGGUGAUUUCUAAGAAAACUGAUAGCGGGGUGUUCCAGGAUAUUUUAGCUUUCGGCAACCAGUUCACUCAGGCUGACAUAGAUAGCGAACGUCUGAUUUAUAAUCAUUACGGCGAUGUGAAAACUACAACAUUUUACUUCAAAGUAUCAGAUGGAGUCUUCAAACCUGCAUAUGAGAUAUUCAAUAUUCAAAUCGUUCCAAUCUCUAUAUUGGCAUCAUCCCACGUCGAACCAUUACAAAUUCAGCAAGGAGCAAAUGUAGCUAUUUUAACCCCACAGACGAUAGCCGUAGACUCGAAUGUCCAAAGGCACAGAAUCAAAUAUAACAUCACAAACUCUCCUUUAAGUGGAAUUAUUGUUCUAGAUCACCAGCCUACGUUGCAUUUUAAUCAAGCGCAGCUUGAAAAGAAAGAGGUUAGCUAUAUGCAAACGGAUAUGACGAAAUCAAAUGAUACUAUGCAGAUAAAUGCUUAUGUGGAUGGCACAGCUUAUGGUGCACUGCUAGACAUCCAGGUGAUUGUGGAGCCGUUCAUCAAGAUAAAUGCGAUCUCGAUCACAUCAGGAGAUAAGAUCCGGCUCACUUCAACCUUAGUUUCAAAUAAUCCCACACUCACUAAAUUGAAUCGAUAUAACCCGAAAAUUGUUAUAACCCGACCUCCGAAACGAGGAACAGUACGAAAAAUAAUACGAAAUUCAGGCGAAAUGGAGAGCUUGAACAAUCGAAACAUUAACACAUUCACAUACAAGGAACUGAAAAGUGGCAUUAUUUACUUUGCAGCGGAUCAGCUAGAAGAUGAUGAGAUUUCAGUCAACGAUUAUUUCCGGUAUACGCUUUUUAUCAAAUCCGUGCAACCAGGCCAGAGUUCAGUGCCUAUCGAAAUUCACACCUUAAAAGAAAAUGUGCUGAACUCAUAUGAAUCGACGAUAACUGCAGCAGAAGUGGAAACACUCCCGUUACCAUAUAUAGUACUUAUCUUAGUCGUGAUAGCAUUAGUUAGUCUUAUUUGCGUGGCGUUAAUUGUCAUAAAGUUGAGGUAUAAGAACCUGAAUGAGAAUGAAGUAGAGAAAGACGUUCCGCCACCUCUACCCCGACCCCCCGAUUUUGUGUCCUUAAAUAACAACAGUCAAUUGUAUUCGGGAUCUGAGGAUGAAUCUGUUCCCGUUACUGCUGCAUCAACCCCACUGCCUGGGCUUAGCAACAUACCCCAUUGCAAAGUCAUACAAGUAGGCAUCGAGCCAGAUAUGCAUGACUACGAGCAGGAUGAUGAGGGGCUGGAUGAUUUAGGAGAGCGGCAAAGAAUGACUCAAGACCGAUACAAUCCAUAUGGGGAAAACGAUGACUGGAGCUCAUCAUGUGAUAUGACAAACGAGUUGGGGUACUCCACAGUAUCACAAUGUAACCAAAGCACAAAUCCAUUAUUAAGACGAAACCAGUACUGGGUUUAACUAAUUAUACUCCCUAUGGAAGACGACAUGUAAAAUUUUACUACAGGCUUACAAGAGAAGUAAUUUUCGCGUGUUACGAUAGUUUUAAGCAAUAUCACUUACAAGAAUAUAUACCGAAUCAUAAUUUACAGU